UUUUCAUCUACUUUCCUCUUUUUUUUUCGAUCCACCUAUAUUGUACAAACUUUGCAUCCAGCUAGAUAAUGGUAUAAAAUGAGUCAGCAACCUCAGCAUAUACAACACAUUCAAGGCGUUGACGUUAAUGACUUUCUGCGACAAAUUGCUGUACAGGCUUAUGUACAACAACAGCAACAGCAAAUGAGCCAACACGGUAGUAGCACUGCUACUCCGCCGCCAGCCUAUAACUCUCCAGAGAUGGUAUCGUCCACAGUGGCUGCUGCAACGCCUAUAACACCCGCAUCACAGCCAUCUAGUUUCUGGAGUCCUAGACAGCCCAAAGCCAAGAAGACAAAAACAACAACAGCUGCGGCCGCUACCAAAAAGGCAAAGGUGCCUGCGCGAGUGGUUGCUAAGCCGAGUGCUGGUAAUCCGCGAGGACGAGAAGGUCAAGCAGUGGGCGAUUUCCGAUGUAAUAUUAUGUAGAUUAUGCUAUUCAGUUACCUUUUUAUUUUUAUUUUUGCAGUACCAUGCGUUGUUGUUGAGCCGUACCAAGUCAAUCCACUUUCUCCACUCCAUUGGCAAUACUUCCAAAUUUGUACGGAUGUUUUUGCUCAACCUUUUGA